UUGUUCUGUUUCUGGAUUUUGUUCCUUGUCUCUAAGGAAUUGAAAGAAAAUACUGUCUACUCGCAUUUUAUAGGCAUUAGGAUUAGAACUUCAAUUUUGUUUUGUUAACUUUUCUUGUAUAUGCCAUCAAAAAAGGAGUCAGAAGUACUGUGAUCAUGAAAGUUUACCUUAUUUUGGUCCUCUUUUCAGUUUUCUAUGUCACUUUCAAAACAUACACUGAAGUUGAUUCUCAAAAUGAUCACACCAAUGAUCCAACUCUCACCAACGUAGAAUCUUACACGAAAGCCACUAGUUCAGAACCAACUAGAUUGAACGAGGAAGAGGAUGGAGUCGAUGAUAUAUCAGAAAAUGCUCACCAAAGGUCAACAAUCUUACGCCUAAGGCGCAGGCCAAUGAAUCAUGGCAACGAGCCUAAAACACUUGCACUGAACUUAGCGACCAGGGAUUUGGUCAGGAUUCAGACUCUUCAUAGAAAAGUCACAGAGAAAAAGGAAAGUGUCUCCAUCCAGCAGCAGAACAGCCUUUCUAAUGCUUUUACAGCAUCGUUGGAAUCUACUAAAGAUGAUUUUUCAGGUAGCAUCAUGGCAACCUUAAAGUCUGGGGCCUCUGUUGGCACAGGAGAGUAUUUCAUAGACAUGUUUGUAGGAACACCUCCUAAGCAUGUCUGGUUGAUACUUGACACUGGCAGUGACCUCAGUUGGAUUCAAUGUGACCCUUGUUAUGAUUGUUUUGAACAAAACGGACCCCUUUAUAAUCCCAAGAACUCUAGCUCUUACAGGAACAUAAGCUGUUAUGAUCCCCUGUGCCAACUGGUUUCUUCCCCGGACCCUCUUCAGCCUUGCAAAGUUGAAAACCAAACAUGUCCUUAUUUCUAUGAAUAUGCUGAUGGUUCAAACACAACAGGAGAUUUUGCGUUAGAAAAAUUUACUGUAAACUUCACCUGGCCUAAUGGGAAGGAAAAGUGUAAGCCAGCAGUGGAUGUGAUGUUUGGUUGUGGUCAUUGGAACAAAGGCUUUUUUCAUGGAGCUUCUGGGUUGUUGGGACUUGGGAGAGGACCUGUUUCCUUUUUCUCACAGCUUCAAUCUAUCUAUGGUCACUCAUUUUCUUAUUGUCUCACUGACCUAUUCAGCAACUCAAGUACUAGCAGCAAAUUGGUCUUUGGUGAAGACAAGGAGCUAUUGAAUAACCACAAUAUGAACUUCACUUCAUUCCUUGCAGGAGAAGAAACUCCAGAUGAUACAUUUUACUAUCUUCAAAUAAAGUCCAUCAUGGUUGGUGGGGAAAGGCUUGACAUUCCAGAACAAAGUUGGCAUUGGUUAUCAGAAGGUGCUGCUAGUGGCGGUACAAUUAUUGAUUCAGGUUCUACCUUGACUUUCUUCCCUGACCCAGUUUAUGGUAUCAUCAAAGAAGCGUUUGAGAAAAACAUUAAACUGCAACAGAUUGCUGCAGAUGAUUUUAUUAUGGCUCCAUGUUACAAUGUGUCAGGAGCACUGCAAGUGGAGCUGCCUGACUUUGGGAUUCAUUUUGAAGAUGGGGCUGUGUGGAAUUUCCCAGCAGAGAACUAUUUCUACCAAUAUGAACUGGAUGAAGUUAUUUGCUUGGCAAUUUUGGAAAGUCCACAUCACUCUCAUUUCACAAUUAUUGGAAACUUACUACAGCAGAAUUUUCACAUUCUGUAUGAUAUGAAAAGGUCUAGGCUGGGAUAUUCUCCAAGGAGGUGUGCUGAGGUUUAGCAUCAGCAUCAUAUUAUUAGCUCUUAGAAAUGUAGUUUUAAGGGUUUGAUU